AUGUUCCAGUUUUCGUGGGAUGGAUACUACAAGUAAGUCUGGAACGGAGAGUCCCCUCGUAUGACAGCAGACUGAGACCAGGCAGAUACGCGUUUCCCAACGACGAGCUGUUGCCGGUGAACAACAGCUUCAGCAACUCGCGGUAAGCAAGAGCAAAGUGUGUGUGAGAGCUCGGCCUGACACGUACAGUAAUGGUUGGGGAGCUUCUGCAGCAGAUGCGCUGUCUACCGCGAUUGUCAUGGGCAACAAAGAGGUCGUGAACCAGAUCAUUAACUACGUUCCCAAGAUCGACUGGUGCGUCAGCUACCAGGAUGAGCAAGUGAGCUUGUUCGAAACAACCAUCAGAUACGUCGCCGGUCUCCUUUCUGCCUACGAUCUCUUGAGCGGACCAGCUGAGAAUCUGGCACAAGACCCGAGCAAAGUUCCAAUCCUCCUCGCCCAAGCACGCAAUCUCGCCAACAACCUGACCUUCGCCUUUGACACCCCGACUGGCAUUCCCUAUAAUACUCUCUAUUUGAGUAAUCACAGCAACGACGGUUCGGACACCAAUGGCUUGGCGACGAUUGGCACGCUGGUGUUGGAAUGGACUCAUUUGUCCGAUUUGACUGGAGACGAGUCAUAUGGACAAAUGACACAGCGAGCACAGAGCUAUCUCCUCAACCCGCACCCGCAGCCUUUUGCAGAGCCCUUCCCUGGUCUUCUUGGUACGGAUGUUAGCAUUGCGAAUGGCAGCUUCUUAGACAACGUCGGCGGAUGGAACGGCGGAGACGACAGUUUCUACGAGUAUCUGAUCAAGGUACAUCUAAGCCCUCUUACCUGGAGAAGGGUCCGAGACUGACCGUUUGUUCUGUAGAUGUACGUCUACGACUCAUCUCGAUUCAGCACCUACAAGGACCGGUAUGUUCCCCCUUUUCCAAGAGACGCUUGGAGAACCAUCACUAAUAUAACGUCCAGCUGGGUCGCAGCCGCCGACAGCACCAUCGAAUACCUCGCCUCGCACCCCUCUACCCGCCCGGACCUCACCUACCUCGCCGCCUUCGAAGGCCGCCAACUCGAUUUCUCCUCGGGCCACCUCGCCUGCUUUGACGGCGGGAAUUUCAUCCUCGGAGGCCUCGUGCUCCAAGAACAGAGAUACGUCGACUUCGGCCUGCAACUCGUCAACUCGUGCGAGAACACGUACAACCAGACCUUGACCCAGAUCGGACCCGAGAGUUUCGGCUGGAAUGCGUCCGAGGUCCCCGCGAACCAGACUGCGUUUUAUCGGCGAGCGGGCUUCUACAUUACCUCUGGUGCUUAUGUCUUGCGCCCCGAGGUCAUUGAAUCCUUCUACUAUGCUUACCGCGCUACGGGGUCGAGGAUCUAUCAAGAUGUACGUUGUCCCCCUCCCUUUUCCCUCCCCGGGGGGGCGCGCCCCCCCCCCCCCCCCCCCCCCCCCCCCCGGGCCCGCCCCCCCCCCCCCCCCCCCCCCCCCCCCCCCCCGCCCCCCCCCCCCCCCCCCCCCCCCCCACAUUGAAAACGUCAACGCGCGCGGCGGCGGCGGUUUCUACAAUUUCCAGGAAUCCUUCUGGUUCGCCGAAGUGCUGAAGUACUCGUACCUGAUCCACGCGCCGGAGCAUGUGUGGCAGGUGAAUUUCCGGGGCCGGAAUCAGUACGUCUUCAAUACCGAGGCGCAUCCCUUGCGAGUUGCUGGGGAGCCGAUAUGA